AUGAUCACACCCCGACCCACGAUCCGCACGAGGACACCCUCGGCGGAAUCGAAGGCUCUCCUCACAUCGGCGGGCCCUCGCAGAACAAUGGCUACCCACGAGCCGACAGCCGCCAUCACCAUCACCACCACCACAGCCAGUCCCUCGACCAGGGCCUCUCCCAUUCUCCCCGCCUCGAAGACAUGGACCCCCGAAUCGCUACACCACGCCCCCAGUCCCCUCGCGCCCGCCAACAUAUCGCGGCCUGCCUCUCGCCUAUCCGCCGGCGGCGACCGCAACGUCCAGGGCUACCCCGCCGACUACCAAUCACGGGGCUCUGCCGGUCCUUCAGAGCAGAAGAGCCGCGACCACGUCGUGAUCAAGGUUGGCAUGGUGGGCGACGCCCAGAUUGGCAAGACGAGCUUGAUGGUCAAGUACGUCGAGGGCAGCUGGGACGAGGAUUACAUCCAAACCCUCGGCGUCAACUUCAUGGAGAAGACGAUUAGCAUCCGGAAUACGGAAAUCACAUUUUCCAUUUGGGAUCUUGGCGGCCAGCGCGAGUUUGUCAACAUGUUGCCGCUCGUGUGCAACGAUGCGGUCGCCAUCCUCUUCAUGUUUGACUUGACGCGCAAGAGCACCCUGAACAGCAUCAAGGAGUGGUACCGCCAAGGGAGGGGGUUCAACAAGACUGCUAUCCCCAUUUUAGUUGGAACCAAGUACGAUCACUUUGUCAACUUUCCCCGCGAGGACCAGGAGGAAAUCUCCAACCAGGCCCGGCGGUUUGCCAAGGCCAUGCGUGCCGCGCUCAUCUUUAGCAGCACCAGCCACAGCAUCAAUGUUCAAAAGAUCUUCAAGAUUGUGCUCUCGAAGGCGUUUGAUCUCAAAUGCACGAUCCCCGAGAUCGAGAACGUUGGAGAACCCCUUCUCCUCUAUCAGUCUUGCUAA